UGCUGCUGCCAAUGGAAACCAGUGCAUCUGCCAAUAGAGGGCAGUCACGGUGAAGAACAAAUGAUUUUCCAGACCAGUUGAAAUUCUUUUAAGCAACUGUGUUACUUAUGCAGCUAUUUUAAGUAAUGCUGAAUAUAAGACAAAUUAAAAUAGAUCUUUUGAACCGAGUGAAACUAACUUAAAAGCACUGGUGUUACUGGUCUCCACUUACCUUCCUCCAGCCCGGUAAAGCCCACCCACCCAUCCACUCCCACUGGAGAGAGAAACACGACUCCUGCUCUCAUACAAACCCCCAGCACUGGCUCAAACACGGUUAGAGGGGCUCUUUGUCUCCAUUUCGAGGAGAUUUUUGGUGAAUUCAGCAUGGAGCGCUUGACACGUCUAGCCAAACCCACAGCUCCAAACUAAAGAGUUCCUAAAGAGCUCCUGAAAGACUCGCUUUGAGGAAGAACAAGAAACUGGAUUUUAGCGUUUAUACAACAACCCACAUACAUACACUUUUGAGCCUUUAAUUUAUUCCCGUCGCGUUUAUCGACUUCAACCAUGGGUUUAUGGACGAGAAGACGCGAAUGCAAACUUACAAACACCGAGGCUGUUUUCCUAGCGUUUACUCUGAUCAGUGAAGUGAUCCUUGUGCAGGCUGCCUCUUUCUAUUUCACCAAGGAGCCCAAAUCCCAGGAUGCUCUGCACGGGCGCAGUGCCAUGCUGCGGUGUGAAGUAAACGACCUUCAAGGUGUCAUCUACACCUGGAUGCACAACGGCGAGACUGUCACCAACUCGGAGCGACGAUUUCUGGAAGGGGGCAACCUGAAAUUCACUGCCAUUGACAGAACAUUGGACUCGGGAAACUUCCAGUGUUUUGCCUCAAAGAACACCACUGGUGAAGAAGAACGUACCGGCGAGGCCUCCUUCAAUAUCAAAUGGUUGGAAAGUGGUGCGGUGAGUCUGAAGAGUCCAGAAUCAGUGGCAGAGAUUGCGAGCUCCUCACAAGUGGUACUACGGUGCAACAUAGAUGGACACCCAAGGCCAACCAAUCAGUGGUUCAGAGAUGGAACAUUAUUAAAAGAGAAGAGCUACAAAAUAAACAACAAAGACAGAACCCUUACGCUGCCGAAUGCCAGUCCUGACGACAACGGACUCUACUACUGCUGUGCUAAAAACGCAGCGGGCCAAGUGUGCAGCAAUGACAACUUCACUCUCAACAUCAUAGAUAAAAGUUUCCCUCAACCGGUGGUGAAGCCAGAAGAUUUGGUAGUCCUGAAGAAUGAGGAAGCAGUUUUCCACUGUCAGUUCACGGCCGAACCUCUGCCUACAGUUGAGUGGUACCAUGAGAAUGAGCUGGUGGCCAACAAGAGCCGUGUCUUUAUUCUGAGCAAUGGAUCCCUCUUCAUCACUCAGGUGAAGCAGCGAAACACAGGCCUGUAUAAAUGUGAGGCACGAGGACCCCGUGGCCCUCCUGUCUCGCUCGAGGCCUCGCUGCGACUUGCAGAAAUCGAGGACAUGGUGCCUAAACAGUCAAAGGUGUUUACCGCAGACUCUUUGGAGCGGGUGACAUGUCGACCGCCCCAUGGGCACCCGGAGCCAGAGGUUUGGUGGGAAUAUGCGGGACAGCGAGUUCCAGCUGAGGGCAGAGUACACCAGGAUGGACUGAACCUGAUUUUCAGUCCCACUCGUGGCGAAGACUCAGGAACCUACACGUGUUUUGCACAAAACAAGGCUGGACAGAGGAAACACGAAUUGACGGUCACUGUGGCCACCAAACCGGAGUGGAUCCAGAAACCCGUGGACAGUCAGCUGGAGGAGGGGCGCGCCGGGUACCUGCACUGCCAUACACGUGCCACACCUGAACCCGAGGUCACGUGGUAUCGGAACAUGCAGCCAAUCACGGCAGAGGACAUUCGCUUCAAGCUCUUCUCCAAUGGAACUUUGCGUAUAAAUAACGUGGAGGUGUAUGAUGGCCAUCUGUACAGCUGUGAGAGCAGAACGGAGGCGGGAAAACUUAAUGCUCAGGCGCGGGUCUAUGUGCUCGAGCGUCUGAAGUUCACACCGACACCACAGGCCUACCAGUGCCUGGAGCUCAAUAAGGAAGGAAAUCUGCAGUGUUCUGCCAAGGGCCGGCAGAUUCCCACCAUCCGCUGGAUCAGAACAGGUCUGCAGAGAAAUGGCAGUGAUAUCUCAGUGUGGGUGGAGCAGCAGAGGGGCACACUGCACUUCACUACAGUCACAAGGGCCGACGCGGGCAACUACACUUGCCUGGCCUCCAAUGAUCAGCAGGGAGAGAUCAGAGCCGUCGUCCAGCUCACAGUCGCAGUUUAUGUGGCAUUUAAGCUCAAGCCAGAGAAUACCACAGUAUAUCAGGGGCACACUGCAGUACUUCACUGUCAGGCCACUGGAGACCCUCCUCCCUUUAUCCAGUGGAAGAAAAAAGACAAGUUUCUGGAGGCAGACAAGAGCAGAUUCCAGAAGAUGCCCAAUGGCUCUCUGGUCAUUCAUGAUGUCAGCACAGAGGAUACGGGAAGCUACACUUGCAUUGCAGGAAACAGCUGUAACAUUGCACACACUUCGGCAGAGCUCUACGUUGUGGAAAAACCAGUGCAGCACUCAUUAGCAGAUGAUGAAAAGACCCCUUACAAAAUGAUUCAGACUAUUGGUCUGUCGGUGGGGGCGGCAGUCGCUUACAUCAUCAUCGUGCUGGGUCUCAUGUUUUACUGCAAGCAGAGACGCAAUGCUAAGAGACUCCAAAAGGGACAGGAUGGAGAUGAGCAAGAGGUGGAAUGUCUCAACGGGGACGUACAACAAAAUGGCCACACCACAGCAGAGAUCCAGGAGGAGGUGGCGCUUACCAACAUGGCUGCCACCGGAAACAACAAACGCCACAGCAGUCAUGACAAGCUCCAUUUCCCCCGAAACAACCUGCACACCAUCACGACACUGGGUAAAGGAGAGUUUGGUGAAGUGCUGCUGGCUAAAGCAAAGGCCAGUGAAGACGAGGAGGAGACCGUUGUGCUGGUAAAGAGUCUACAAGCACGUGACGAGCAAAUGCAGAUGGAUUUCCGUCGCGAAUGUGACAUGUUUGCUAAGCUCAGCCACGCUAACAUCGCUCGUCUGCUGGGCAUCUGCAGAGAAGUGGAGCCGCACUACAUGAUCCUGGAGUACAGUGACAUGGGUGAUCUGAAGCAGUACCUGAGAGUGUCUAAGAGCAAAGAUGAGAAAGUCAAAGUCCAGCCGCUCAGCACCAAACAAAAGGUGUCGGUGUGUCUGCAGAUCGCUCGAGGGAUGGAACACCUAUCCAAUCAGCGCUUCGUCCACAGAGACCUGGCUGCACGCAACUGUCUCAUCUCUUCCAAACGACAGAUUAAAGUGUCUGCUCUGGGUCUUAGCAAAGACGUCUACAACAGUGAGUACUACCACUAUCGCCAAUCCUGGAUUCCUCUGCGUUGGCUCCCAUCCGAAGCCGUCUUUGAGGAUGAUUUCUCCACCAAGACGGAUGUGUGGUCAUUUGGAGUGCUCAUGUGGGAGGUGUUCAACUUUGGGGAGCUGCCGUACGCUGACCUAUCUGAUGACAAAGUUCUAGAAGCUCUGCAGGAAGGGAAGCUGAAGUUGUCUCCUCCUCAGGGGUGUCCAUCUCGGGUGUUCAAGCUGAUGGUGCGCUGUUGGGCCGCCAGCCCCAAAGACAGACUGUCUUUCAGCGACAUCACCACCGCCCUCAGUGAGCUACCCUCUGAAAGUAAAGUUUGAGAGAAUUGGAUCGUCCUUCAAGCCAUGAUGUAAAAACUGUCCACCCCAAAAAUUCCGAUUCAAGUGUCUUGUCUCGAGGAAAAAAAAAAAAGACUUGUUUUAUUUUCAACCAUCUCUUCCUUUUUUUAUAUAUAUAUAUAUAUAUAUAUAUAUAUAUAUAUAUAUAUAUAUAUAUAUAUAUAUAUAUAUAUAUAUAUAUAUAUAUAUUAUUUAAUAAAAUGUUUUAGAAGGUUCCUCAAACAUUUGGUUCUUAAUGGGGUUUGUACAAAAAGCUGCCCUAUCACUUCUCAGUUUGAGUUUGCACACUCAAAACGAAGAAAUGUAGUAAAAUAGUGCGUUUGUAAUACCAAACCAUGCACUGACCAAUUUUUUUAUUUUGGAAGGAUUGUCUCGGGAGCCUCUUAAUUUAUUUAAAAGGUCCUGUUUGUUCAAUGUACAGAAAGGUACUGUUUAUAUGACUUUUUUAUGAUGUUGAUGAGUUAAGCCUUUUUAUAUUAUUCAGAAGUACUCAGAAACAACUGUUGAGAAAACCAUGUUUAUAAGAUGACUUUGUCAUUAAGAUCAAAUUUCAAGUGCCUGUAAAAUGAAGGAUGUCUUGAUUUUAGUAUGCUGUAUGUUAUGACUUGGAAAUGCCUUGAAUGUUUUUUUUUUAUAUAUAUAUAUAUAAACAUUUAUAGUGUUUUAUUGCUUAGUAAGAGUUCAGUGUUUUAUCUUGUAAUUGCUACCCACACGUUACAUAUCAGUUUCUAUAAAAAUCCAGAGGUGGUAUUGACUCUGGGGAAAAAAAAAAAGUGAACAAAGAUUUCUGUCGCAUACUCUGCUGUUGCAAUAAAACUUCACUUUUAACAAAGCUUGAUUUCAUGUUAUGUAAAUGUUUUUUUGUUUUUACCAAAUGUAACAAUUAAAAUUUAAAGGGGGCCUUUUA